GCGCUGGUGGCAGAGCGCAAACGCGCGGAGUUGGAAGACCUCGACGCGGAGCAGCGGAAGCGACAGACUGUGGAGGAGCAGUGCAUGCUCCUGCGAGCAUUGCUGGACAUGGUCACUGGUUCCGGCGAGCUUUCCAAGUCCGCGACAGCCUCGCUGGUUCAGCAGCUUGCGGGGCUCGAGCGGCUCAGCGAAGAACAUCCGCUGGCCUGGUCGUUGCUGGCCCAGCAGGCGGAGCGAAAUGGAGUAGCGCGGCGAGAGCUGCUGGAGUGCUGUAACCAGGAGCUGCGGCGGCGCCGUCACUCCGCAGAGGAGCUUCUGGAUAAGGAGCGCCUGCCACAGCUGCUCAAGGCUUUGGAGGCAGAGAAUGUGCUGCCUUCUGGCUGGAAAGUCCCGGAAGAUUCUGGGCUUACCUCGAGGCUGCAGCGCGCCGUUCUGCGCGACCGCAGCUGA